AAAAGCAAACAGAGAACUUGAGAAAAAAGUUAGGAGUUCUUCGCUUCAUUUCACUUGCUAUUCAAGAAAUCUAGAGAGAGAAUAUCUUAAGACACACAUGGCGAUUGAGCACGAAGAUGAGCUUAAGGACGAGAAGAACCCUCGUCCACUUGACGAAGAUGAUAUUGCUCUCUUGAAAACCUAUGGAUUGGGACCUUACUCAAACAGCAUCAAGAAAGCGGAGAAGGAGAUUAAGGACAUGGCGAAGAAAGUCAAUGACUUAAUUGGGAUCAAGGAAUCUGACACUGGAUUGGCCGCUCCUAGUCAAUGGGAUCUUGUCUCUGACAAGCAAAUGAUGCAGGAGGAGCAACCUCUCCAGGUUGCAAGAUGCACCAAGAUAAUCAAUCCAAACACUGAAGAUGCCAAGUAUGUGAUUAAUGUGAAGCAGAUUGCAAAGUUUGUUGUUGGGCUGGGUGAUAAAGUUUCUCCAACAGAUAUUGAAGAAGGCAUGCGUGUUGGGGUUGAUAGAAACAAAUACCAGAUCCAGAUUCCCUUACCGCCAAAGAUUGAUCCCAGUGUGACCAUGAUGACCGUGGAAGAGAAGCCAGAUGUGACCUAUAAUGAUGUUGGUGGAUGCAAAGAGCAAAUUGAAAAGAUGCGAGAAGUUGUUGAAUUACCCAUGCUUCACCCCGAGAAAUUUGUUAAGCUAGGGAUAGAUCCUCCAAAGGGUGUAUUAUGCUAUGGUCCUCCUGGGACAGGAAAGACACUCUUGGCCAGAGCUGUUGCUAACCGAACUGAUGCAUGCUUCAUUCGUGUUAUUGGAAGUGAGCUUGUCCAGAAGUAUGUUGGUGAGGGUGCUAGAAUGGUUCGCGAGCUAUUUCAGAUGGCAAGGUCAAAGAAGGCAUGCAUUGUUUUCUUUGAUGAAGUUGAUGCCAUUGGGGGUGCACGAUUUGAUGAUGGUGUGGGAGGAGACAAUGAGGUUCAACGUACUAUGCUUGAAAUUGUGAAUCAGCUUGAUGGUUUUGAUGCUCGUGGAAACAUUAAAGUUCUCAUGGCCACAAACAGACCUGACACGCUUGACCCUGCCCUUCUACGUCCUGGACGAUUGGACCGAAAGGUUGAGUUUGGCCUUCCAGAUCUAGAGGGGAGGACACAAAUAUUUAAGAUCCAUACCAGAACCAUGAAUUGCGAAAGAGAUAUCCGGUUUGAGCUUCUUGCUAGGCUUUGCCCGAACUCCACAGGUGCUGACAUAAGGAGUGUGUGCACUGAAGCUGGAAUGUAUGCAAUCCGAGCUCGGAGAAAGACAGUAACAGAGAAGGAUUUCCUUGAUGCAGUGAAUAAGGUCAUCAAGGGUUACCAGAAGUUCAGUGCAACCCCAAAGUAUAUGGUCUACAACUAAGAGAUGUUGCUUAAGUACCCACCAUGCUGCAAAGUCUGAAUUCAGUGCUUUGGAUGACCGUGUCUUGUGCUAUUGACUGGACAUUCACGCCAAACGACUAUCUGUCACGGAGAUCUACGAAUCUUUAUUGGGCUGGAAGUUACAUUUAUUUAUGAAGCUUGAAAACAAAAUUCUAGUUUUGCCGCUAAAAGGAGACUUCAGUUGCCAUACUGGUCUACAAGUUUUUAGUUUAUUUUAUUUGAUUUUAUUUUUAUUAGAAGCCUAAAAGGUUGUUGAAGUGUUUCUCAGUGAUUUCUAAGCUAGUAAUCUUUUGUAUAAUUUUUAGGAAUGAUUAUCAACAUGAAUGUU